CGCAGUCGAUUAAUGUGGCCCCAUCGCCCCAUCUCUAUUUAUGCGUAAAUCGUCAUUUAUUUAGUUUUUAUUUUUCGACAUUUUAUAAAAUGUUUUCGGUAUUUGGUAAGCGAAAGCCCACCGCCACUCCCACUGAGGAGGCCAUACAAGGUCCUGCGGAUGCCCCCCGACCCAGUGGUGGCGAUGACUUUGUGUUCAUUGAGAGAAAGCCCAGCGCAAAUCCUGGCGGAAUAUACCCGCCCUCGACGCCAUUCACGGCGCCAGUGUCCGGCCCCGCAAGCUACAGCUAUCUGGACGACAUACCCUUCCAGCUGUCGCCCCAUCUAACCACCAAGGAAGCCAGCCUCAGUGCCGAGCAGCAGAUGGACGCCGCCUUGGCCCUCUUAACGCGCCAGAUGUCCGUCGAUCGUCUGGCCGAGGAAUACACCUUCGCCCUGGAGCGGUCCGUGCAAAAGGAUAGCAACUAGAGAGCUGAUUAAAUGUAUAUUUUAACUACAAAUAGCUUUAUCAUAGUUUUAAUGUCAUUAUGUAAUAAAGGAUUGAAUAUUGAA